AUGUCGUCGGCAGUAUGGAUCCUAUGGGCAAGUUUAGGGGAAACCAACGAACCUCAACGGUUGUUCAUAUACGGUUGGCUGGCAGGAGUGAUAUGCUCAUUGCUGAUUUUUAUUCCCUUGAAGCUUCUGACAAAGAUAACUGAGCCCAAUCGAGUCAGAGCAAAGGUAGCGGCUGGAAGAAACGCUGCUGAAUCUAUCAAGACUAGAUUGAAGGAUGAAUGCGACAGCAAUACUAGUCAUGCAGAACUUACUGAGGAAGACGAUACUAUCAGUCAAAGCUCUGAUGAUGAAUCGCUGCCCCACUAUUUAGGAAUGACAAAAGGAAAGGUUGCUGCUCAGUGUUGUCAUGCUGCAUUGGCUGCUUAUUUGAUCGCCAAAUCCAAAAACAGUCAGACGAGAGAAUGGCUCAAGGCUUGGGAACGACUGGGACAGGCAAAAAUCACUUUAAAAUGUCCCGACGAAGCCACAAUGUUGGAUAUGCAGAAAAAGGCUAGAAGCAUUGGACUACCAGCAAAGAGUAUCUGUGAUGCUGGCCAUACACAAAUCGCUGCUGGAUCGAGGACAGUCUUGGCAAUUGGACCUGGCAAGUUGUUUACGUAG